AAAUGGCGCCAGAAAUGUGUCUUGACUUGAUAACCAUUAAUGUUUUUUAAGAAACGAGUCGUUUUAAAGACAAAUGUCUUUGCAUAAGGUACACCAUGGAUCCAAUCAAACUGAAAGACAGGACCAGCAUGACAGGAAUGGGGAAACAAGUCAGCCUGACACGGCAAACAAGGAAAAUUUAUUGUCUGAUCUCAGCGCGCACCUUGCAGUGCAUGCAGAAAGAAUGAAAUUGUUGAAAAGGGCCGAAGAAGGCUUGGAAAAAUUGAGUGCUGAUCCUUUCAUAGUAAACACAACUGAACAUGGAAAACGUAGGAAAGACAAGUUAUGUGCAACACAAACAAUUGAAAUAAAGCAAGAUAAAGUUGCCAAUGUUCUUGAGCAAAAGAAAUCCAAACUUCCAAUAUCUGCUGCAAGACAACGUCGAAGAGAACGAAAAGAUGGUGGUAAAAGUAAAAUUCAGAUUAAAAACUACAAACCAGGCUAUACUUGGAACAGAGGUGGGAGAGUGAAGGAACUAAGAAUAAGAUGUUUGGCUAGGAAAUUUUCUCAGAUAUGGAAAAAGCAGACAUUUGGAAGAGUGAUGCCAAGUACAGCCAGAUAUCAUUACCAGAAACACAUAAUGAAAUUAGCAUUUAAUGAAUGGUAUGAUAUGUGGUGGCAUGUUAGAAAAGAGUGGAGACUAAUGGUUAGAGCAGAGUGCCAUUUUAGAUACUUAGCUUGGACAAAAUACUUUGAAGCAUGGAAAGAGUUUAUAGUAUACAAAAAGGAAGAAAAAAGAAAAAAGAUAAUUGCAGUUAAACAUGAUACUAAACAGAUUCUUCAGAAGGCACUGAACUCUUGGAAGGAAUAUACAUUUUCACAGAAACUGAAAAAUAAGAAGAAAAUUGAAGCAGCUAAGUUCUAUGAAAAUAGUCUUGUAAAAAAAAAUUGGCAUACUUGGAAAGAAAGAUACGAUAUGAAACAACACAGGAAGAAUAUUGAUGUUGUGGCUCUUCAGUUUUGGGCUUAUCGUCUUCAAGUACAGCAUUGGUUGAUUUGGUGUGAUGCUUACAAGAGAAGACAAGUUUAUCAUAGCAAAGCAAGGUUGGCUAUCAGACAUAACAAAUUCUAUACCAUGCAAAGAGCACUGACGGCAUGGAUGGAAUUCUGGACCAUGAAGAAAGAAAAGCAAAAAGAAAAAGAAUAUUCCCAGUCACUGUACCACAGAAGUGUCCUUGUUAAGUGUAUGAGAGUGUGGGUGAACCAUUAUAAUAGGAGGAUGAUGAUACAGAACCACCAAACCCAUAUAGAAGAACUUGCGGAUAGGUUUACAAAGAGGAGAUACCUACAGAGAUGGUCACAAUAUGUGGAAUUGCAGCAUGAGAAGGAAGAAAAGGAAGAGCUGGCAGUAACACAUUAUGUGAGAAAAUUAAAGGUUAUUGGGUUUUCAGCAUUCAGACUUCAUCUUGUCCAGAAAAGGAUGAAAGAAAUGCGGAUGGAAAUGGCUGCCAAUUUUUAUGUAACCAUGUUAACAAAGAGACAUUGGAAUCGUUGGAUGGCAAGAUGUGAACACAAUGAAGAACUAGCUAUUCAUAGUUUAACUGUCAAAGCUACAUUACAUUACAGGAUGGUUAUUUGUAAAAAAAUGAUAGAUGCGUGGCUGGACUAUGUGGAAUGGAGAAAACAUAGACAGGCUCAGUAUGAUAGGGCUGAUGCAUACUACUAUGUGAGAGCAAUGCCUGUUUUCCUUCAUCACAUUAAAGCUCAUGCAGAGUUACAGAAAAGGAACAGACAAUAUGCUGAAGUGGCAGUACAGUUCAGAAGAGAAAACCUUUCUGCCAGAUUCUUCUAUAUGUGGUUCAACAACUUUGAACAAAGUCGAGAAGAUAGGAUGAAUGAAAGAAUGGCAAUUUUACAUUAUGAUAGCUGCAUCUUUAAGAGACAUUUUUGUAACUGGAAGAAUAGAUAUCAGCAAGCUUUGGAAGAUAGCCAGAAAGAGGAACAAGCCAUCAAACACUUCAACACAGUUUUAUGCAAGAAACAUCUAAAGUCUCUGAAACAGUAUAUAGAUGACUUGAAUCUUGGUGAAAUCAAUGAUGCUAAGGCUACCAAGCACAACUAUCUACAUCACAUUUCUGUUGUGUUUAAGACUUGGAAACAGUAUGUCUUGUAUAAACGACAACAAAGAGUAAAGAAGAAUAAAGCAGACAUGUUUUAUAAAAGGCAUGUGUUCCAAAAAGUCAUAAAGAGAUUGAAAAACAACCUGAUUCAGGGGAGACAAUUUAAACAAAUCGCUGAAGAACAGUCCAGCAAAAAAUGUCAACAACUUUUAAGAUGGACAUUACAUAGAUGGAGAGAUAAUUGUGUAGAACAACAAGAAGAUAGACAGACAGAAAACAGUGCUAUUUGUCAUUAUCACAGAGGUCUACUGACUAAGGUUACAACAACUUGGCACAGAUAUGCAGUGAUACAUGCAUAUAAAAAAUCUGAAAUGAGGCAAUGGGUAGAAAAUACACAGAAAGUUCUCAAUCAGAAUAAGCUACAGAGAUAUUUCAGUUUUUGGAGGACAACACGAGACCAAUCUAUUCUGAAGAAACUGAAGACUGAACAGGCAGCACAACAUUACAAUAGGUCGCUAUUACAAAACUUGAUUUUCCAAUGGAAAGAAUUUGUUCAGUAUUCUAUCAAGAAAAAGCUUUUAAUGAAACAGUCGGUGUGGUUUAAUGAAGUUAGAUUGAAAACUUGGUCCAUAGCCACAUGGAAACAAGAACAUGCCAAAACCCAAGAAACUGCUCAGAAAUCUGCAUUAGCUAUGUGGCACUGGAGUUUAACUUUACAGAAGCAGGCACUUAUUGCAUGGUAUAUGUAUGCACAAGAAAGAAAAAGGAAGAAAAAUCGUAUUAACGAGGCUUUAGAGAGGAGACGCAACCGACUAGUGAGAAAUGGUAUUACACAAUGGCUUAGUGUGGCUAAUGAUUUGUCUGGCCUUAGGGCAAAGUUUGCUGCUCAACAGCAUGCCACAAAAGCUUUUAGCUUGCACCAGUUGGUACAGAAGUGUGCCCUCCAUUGGAGACAUUGGACCGCAAGUCGUAAAUCUCAAAGAGUUCCAACAUCUCAUUUUGUUACUUUUCAUCAAGUCAAACCAAAAGUUAAUUUCAUGUUAAGGCCCGAACCAUCAGUGCCUGAGAUUCUGAAACAGCCAGUGAAGCUAAUGGUUCCUGCUCCAGUUUCGUCAGCUCCACCUGCAGUAUCUAAAGGGGUGGUCCAAGAAGGUCUUGUUCCCAUGGUAUCAGAAUCACCAGUUAGAUCUAGAGGACUGGUCCCUGAGGGAUUACACGGUACACAUGUGGAAUUCAAAGUAGACAGAAAUCUCCCAUCCAGAAGAAAACCAAGACAUCCAUCCUUUUUAGCAGAGUCAUUAAAGCGAGCUGGACUAUUUUCUGUUGACCAACAAAACUCAGAGUGUGAAACAAUAGCAGAGAACAAAAUAGUGGAACAAAAGAAAGUUGAUAGUACAAGUAUACCUACAGAAACUGUUUUUAACAUUUAUGACAUACAUGAAAAAUCAUCAGGUCAAAUGUUACAAUUGAAUGACAAAAACAAAGACAAUGCAACAUUGAGCAUGAUCAAAACUGAACGUUCUUCUACAAUGAUAGGGUCCAGUAGUACUGGACAGACUUCAGGGCUAAUAGGAUCAGCCCCUACACUUCAAGUCAGAGGAUUUAGUGAAAAACUUUCAACUGCAGAAAAAAAUCAGUCAGAUAUUGAAAACAUAACACAACGGAGUGAAAAAACUUUGUCUUCUAUAACCUCAGAUGUAAAUGUUAUGGAAAAGAAUUUCACAGCUCCAAAACAAGGUUACAGAAGGUUUGAGACAAAGUUACUGACACCUGCCGAUUUCUUAGCCACAAAAAUGACAAGUACCUUGACGAGAGACAUUGCAGGGAAUUUACCACAUGUGGGUUUAUCUCCACGUGACAGAAUUGAUGGAAUCUCAUCUAUAAAUAGUACUUUAAAAACAAAAGAAUCAGUUGAUCUGUUAUCAUCUGCAGAUAACUCAGGGAAAUUGAAAGAAAGCAUGGGAUUUGUUAAAUCAACUGAUGAUACAGCUACAAAAAGUGCUGAUUCUUUACUUCCAAUUAAUAUAGAUUCUCCUAGGGCAGAGAAAAAAGGAACUUUACUAGCCAAUCAAAUUACUGAUAUAAGAAAUAGGCUAAAAGGAUUUAAUGAAAAGAAGAGAAGAUUGAGAAAAUUACAGAAACAGCAUGUACAUCUUUCUGAUUGGCUAGAACAAGAGGUUAAGAAAGAUGAAGAAAUAGAAACAGAUGAUAUUAGGAAGGAAAUUAUUGAGAUUGAGGAAGAAAUGAGAAAACUGAAUCAAGAAAUAGACAUUGAGAAGCCAAUGUGUGCCAAACUAGUUUCUGAAGUACAGAUCUUAGUCAAACUGUUACAGGGUAGUGAAACAAAAUGAUAUAUUAUACAUAUAUAUAUACUGUAAUACUAUUUAUUUUCCAUGUAACUUUAUUUGUCAUUGCUAGGUGACGUCAUUGCAAUCUAUAUUUAUGAUUUUUUAACCUUGUUGAUGCAUUCAUAUAAUUGAAGGUCAAAGUUUGAUAUAUUAUCAGAGAUUUAUAUUCCUGUUAUUUUUUUACUUAUAAAGGUCAUGUUAAUAAGUCACUUACCAAAAUUAGUUUGUUUACAGCAUGUAAGGUAAAAAAAAAUAAGACCGUCGCAAAAGUUGAACCAUAUAUCAAUGUUAAACUUAUUAUAGUUGUAGAUCAAUUUUAAACUUCAGAAUAGAUAACAAUUUAUGACUUAUGUCUAGUUAUUUGAUGAAAGAGGUGUGGUCAGUUGACCUGUCAUUCUUUCACUCAUAUGGUCAGAUUAGAAAGUUGGUGAAGCCGUUUGUACUUUAAUUUUAAAUUUGAAUGAUAUAUUACUUAUAGAUUUGCUAAUAAGUUAAUCUACCAUAGAGAGGAAUAUUUUUGCUGGGGUAGGGGGGGGGGAGUUUGUGGUAUCUUUUCUCAAAUUUAGCAACUAAGAUAAAAUAGCAAUCAUAUUCACUUUCGUACAGGCUACAGGGAGAAAUAAGUUCUGUGGUAGGUGCCCUACCUUCUAUAAAUAUUCAUUGGUCGAUAACAGGAUGAUGUAAGCUAGUCUUUAUAAACUAAAAUCUAAAUCAAUUAUUCUCAAGAAUAUUUAAUUCAUUGUACCAGGAUUUAUCCUUGUCUUAAUCUUUAAAAUUUACAGAACACUAUCAAACAUUCUCUUUAAUAGUUUUGAAAAUUGUUUGAUUGUCAUAUUGAAAAAUAUGGCAAAUUUUCCCCAUAAAAAUGGUCAUUUUAGUUACUUAUUUAAGAAUAACACUAAAGAAGUAGAAUGCUAGGCUCAAUAAUUGGGAUAUUCAUCCUAUAUGACAUUUUAUUACAUGUCAGAGUAAAUAUGUUAUAUUAUUUUCUGAAUUUACAGUACUUCAAUUUUUCUGUUGUUAUCUAUUUUUUAUUUAUUACUUUUGUUUGUUAUAUAUAUUAUGAUAUAUAAUAGUAAAUAAAUACUGAUAUGAG